CCUCUUUUUUUCCAUAGAAUGCCCUUGUGAUGACCUUCAUGUUAUCAAUCAACUACGCCACAGCAGGACAUUAUUACGAUAGUCAUGAUCAAAUAGACACAUCCCACAUUGAAACAACACAUUCGGAGGUGUCGAAACAUGUUCCAGUGCCAGUUAUUGAAAAAGUUCCAGUUGCCAUUCCUCAUCCAGUACCAGUUCAAGUGCCCAAUUAUAUUCGAAUUCAUAUUCCCGAGCCAUAUGCAGUUCAUGUUCCAGUUAAUCAAGAAGUUGAAGUUCCAGUUUAUAAGGUUGUUCCUGAGAUCACAGAAAGACGAAUUCCUUAUCCCGUGGAGAAACCAUAUCCAGUUGAAGUUGAGAAACCAUAUCCAAUUGAGGUUAUUAAAAGGAUUGAAAUUCCAAUUCCGAAGCCUUAUGCAGUUCCAGUAACGAUUUAUAAGCAUAUUCUUCAGCAUGAAAAGUCAUCAGGGUGGUAUUAGAAAAUGGG